UCUGUGAAAGCAAGCAUGGGAGAAUAUAUUGGAACUAUAUCAGACGUAGUUUACCGUGGAAUCCGCGAUCUGAGGGAACAAGAUGCAUGUACGGACUUUGAAAUCGAAACCGCUGGAAAGACGUUUCGCUGCCACAAAGUCGUUUUGGCAGCCGUGUCCGACUUCUUUAGAGCAAUGUUCAAUUCUGGAAUGAAAGAGACUGAAUUGAAUAAAGCAAAGUUUGAAGAUAUAAGUACGGACACUUUUGAAACCCUUUUCUCUUUGCUUUACUCACAAAAUCACAUUGAAGGCGACCGAUUGAAGCAAAAGUCGGAAGAGGAAAUGACCGAACUUCUCAACGUAGCUGUACGUUUGCAGAUCAAUUUCCUAAAGGACAUUUGUGUUAAUCAUUUUGAGUCGACAAUGUCAACAAAUAAUUGUGUGGAGCGUUGGAAGGUUGCCCAGCUUGAACUCUGUGACGAAGUGAGAGAAUUGGCAUAUGACCAUAUUUUGGAACAUGUCGAAGGAAUUGCGAACGAUGACAUUCUCAUGACGCUUGAUUUUGAAGAUUUUCUGAAGAUAAUCAGUAGCGAAAAAUUAAAAGUAUCGAAUGAAGAAAUUGUAUGGAAAAUGAUCAAGAAAUGGGUCAACACCGAGUUGAAUAAACGGUUGGAUCAUUUCGUUCCACUUUUGAGACAGUGCUGUCUUUUUGAAAUCGACAACACUUUUUUAAUUGAAAAGAUUGCUUGUUACCAGUUAGUUCGCAAAAACAACGAAGCAUCAGAUAUGGUCCGCGACGCCUUGCGGUAUAAGUGUCAUCCCAGCAUCCAUGGCAACCUGGAAUUAGAGUUUAGGCUAUGUCGUAAAAAGCAAAUGUCCACCGUCAUUUUUCAAAAGAAUAUAGAGAGUAAAAAAACAACCAAAGAGAGUAAAUUAAUGCCAACUGCACUGAGGAAGAAACCGAUACCAAAAAUUCAAGUGAGGUUUACAAAAUCAGUAGACAUACCGUGGUUAGAGUGGCCUAUACUAGCCGGCAUGGAAGACAAUAUUGCAUGUUGCACUCACGGGGAUUCCGUCUACGUCACGGGAGGGUCAAUGGGUUUGUUAAUGGAAUUCAAAAGUUCUAAAAUGAAGUGGGUCUCCCGUAGCGACAUGGUAACGCCGCUUACAGGACACACUAUGGUUGCAACUGAUGGGUAUCUGUACGUGAUUGGUGGAAGAUCGGGGUAUGAGCCGAACGCGAACGUUUAUGUUUGGUCCGUUGAGGAUCGCGGAGAUUGGAGAAUAGACGGGGAUAUAAUGGCCCCUGUUAUUGGAGCUUCUUCAGUGGCUGUCAAUGAUAAGAUUUACAUCUUUGGAGGUGAAAUUGGACACGAGCCGGCGGAUUGUGUACAACUAUACGAUACCAAGACAAAGUCCGGAACUAUUUUUUGCUCUCUUCCCGCGCCUUGUGAGUGGUCGCGUGCACUAUGCAGAGGAAUCGAUGCCUACAUCGUCUCAUCGUGUGGAGAUGUCGUUACUGUUGAUAUUGAAAAAGGUACGAGCAAAGUCAUCGCAUCAAUCCCAGAUUUUCGUCGUAAAUAUUUUGGAGUCGAUUUGAGACAAGGGAAAGUGAAUGUUUUUGGCGGGAAAGACCUAAGCGACACAAUGAAACAUUUGGCUAUAUCUCUCCCUGUGAAAAAAUCAGAGAAAUCUGAAGACGCUGAAGAUGAAACACCUGUGUUUACCACUACUUCAUUUGACGGCGUUUACGUUAUUGACGUAAACUCUGGGGAGGUCAAGACUGGGACCGCUCUUCCAGGACCAGUGGAAGUUCUGGGUUGUGUGAAUUUAAUCCAUAGUUUUGCUUAG